UCUAGCGAAAUUUUGUUCAAUAACGUUCAAAGGACUAUCUACUUUUGGUUCGGCAUCGGGUCAACAGAUAACACAGACGUUUUGUAGGCCAACUGGAGACUGCAGACUCGAAAGAUUCAAGGACCAUGGUUGACAGUGAGAAGAUCAAGCUCUUUAUUUGGUUCUGUGUUUUAUGUGUGGGUGUAAAUUGGCUGGACGACUUGAGCAAUAUGUCAUUAAUCUGCUUCUUGAAAGAGUGCUUAUUCAUGGCAACCUAUUUGAAAGAUCUCGUAGCUGUCAUGAUGCUUUAUCAAAUGUUGGGAGACGCGUAUUACAAAUCAGGGGAAUACAACAAAGCCAUUGAAUACCAUGAAAAAAGCCUUAGCGUUGCUAAAAAGACUCGUAACAGGGCAGGAGAAGGAAUCAGUUACGAAAGGUUAGGAACUGACUAUGACUCGAUAGGAGAAUAUCACAAGGCAAUUGAAUACCAUGAAAGAAGCCUUAGAAUUGCCAAAGACACAGGUAAAAGGGCGCUAGAAGGCAAAGUUUACGGAUGCUUAGGAAAUGCCUACCAAUCAUUGGGAGAAUAUCACAAGGCAAAUGAAUAUCAUGAAAAGAGUCUUAGCAUUGCAAAAGAGAUUGGUCACUGGACGCUAGAAGGACAUGCUUAUGGAAACUUAGGAAAUGUUUGUCAGUCAUUAGGAGAAUAUCACAAAGCAAUUGAUUAUCAUGAAAGGAGCCUCAGCAUUGAAAGAGGGAUUGGCAACAGGGGUGGACAAGGAAGCAGUUACAGAAACUUAGGAAAUGCCUACCAUUCAUUAGGAGAAUAUCAAAAGGCAAUAGAUUAUUAUGAAAAGAGUCUUAGCCUUCAAAAAGAGAUUGGAGAUAGGGCCGGAGAAGGAACCAGUUACGGAAACUUAGGAAUUACAUAUGAUUCAUUGGGGGAAUAUCACAGAGCAAUCACAUAUUACGAAAGGAGCCUUAGUAUUGCUAAAGACAUUGGUGACAAGGCGGGAGAGGGACGAAGCUAUGGAAGCAUAGGAAAUGCCUACCAAUCAUUAGGACAAUAUCACAAGGCCAUUCAAUAUCAUAAAAGAAGCCUCAGCAUUGCAGAAGACAUCGGUAACAGAGCUGGAGAAGGAAGCAGCUAUGGAAACUUAGGAAAUGCCUACCAUGCAUUAGGAGAAUAUCACAAUGCCAUCGAAUAUCAUGAAAAGAGUCUUGCCAUUGAAUGCGAGAUCAAAAACAAGGCGGGAGAAGGGGACAGCUACGGAAACUUAGGAACUGUUUAUCAAUCAUUAGGAGAAUAUCACAAGGCUAUUCAAUAUCAUGAAAAGAGCCUCAGCAUUGAAAAAGAAAUCGGCAACAGGGCUGGGGAAGGAAAUAGCUACGGUAACAUAGGACAUGCCUAUCAAUCAUUAGGAGAAUUUCACAAGGCUAUCGAAUAUCAUGAAAAGAGCCUUAGCAUUGCUAAACAGAUCGGUGACAGGUCAGGAGAGGUAACCAGCCAAGGAAACUUAGGAAGUGUCUAUCAAUCGUUAGGAGAAUAUCACAAGGCAACUGAAUGUCAAGAAAAGAGCCUCAGCAUUGCUAAAGAGAUUGGUGACGGAGCGGAGGAAGCAAGGAGCUACGAAAACUUAGGAAUUACUUAUCAAGCUUUAGGAAAAUAUCACAAGGCAAUUGAAUUUCACGAAAAGAGCCUUAGCAUUUCUAAAGUGAAUGGCAACAGGUCGGGAGAAGGAAGCAGUUAUGGAAGCUUAGGACAUGCCCAUCAGUCAUUAGGAGAAUAUCACAAGGCAAUUGAAUUUAUUGAAAAAAGCCUUAGUAUUCAAAAAGAGAUCGGCGACAGGGCGGGGGAAGGAAGCAGCUAUGGAAAGUUAGGAAAUGCUUAUAAAUCAUUAGGAGAGUAUAACAAGGCAAUUGAACAUUACGAAAAGAGACUUAGCAUUGCUAAAGAGAUUGAUGACAGGGCAGGAGANUUAUUAUAUAUCAACUGCUACAGUUUCAAUACGGCAAUUCUGUUCCAGAAACAAGUCAUAGUUUCUCUUAUGGCCGGAAAACCUAAAAGAUCAGAAAGUCAUGAUUUACGAAGAAGAUCACAGACCUUACACCCACAUGGAAUCCUCACGGACGUCAUUGAACAAAAUCACAUCAUUGGUCGCUUAAGAAGACUUGCUUACAGAAUGAUGAAAGCUUUUAAGGAGUUUCUUUGGAAGUAUUUUGGCGGUCCAGUUCGCUUGUAUCGCUCGGUAAAGAGAAUUUUUGCUGAUCCAAUGACAUUAUUCUCACAAGUCUCACAAGAACAACACGAACCUGAUGUUGAUCAAGAGAAUGAGCCUAAACACCACCGUCAAAAUGUACCACAGUAUUCAAACAAUGACGGCCCUUCGGUCCCGUAUCCAGAAACACCUUUAUACGGCCUAGAAACACAGCAAGAGUCUUACGCAUCAUUUACGGAUGAAAUUCAGGACAUUAGACGUAGAAUAAGUCGUCCUGUUAUAGUGUAUGAUGAGUACGAUGACGACUUGCCUGAUGACAUGGGUUUGGUCGAUGGUUCAUUCCUAUACAUGGCCGAUUUUAUUCAUAACCUGACAUCAUUAUCAUUUGCUAUUUUUGUCAUCUAUAUUAUAGUCAAAUAUACAUCAUGCGAUUCAUAA